GAAAAGAAAAGGACGGAGGGGACGAGAGAGAGAGAGAGAGAGGGAGGGAUGCGGAGUUUAUGGUAGAAUGGAAAGGAAAAAGGUAGAAAGGAAAAUCGGAAAUCAAGCCAAAAUAUUCGCCUCCACCAAUAAUUAAAUUUCAAUAUUAAUUUACUUAAAAGAGAGGGAGAGAAAUAUAGACACACAGUGAGAUUUCAGAGCUGGGUUUUUUUAUUUAUUUUCUUGCUAUGAUUAAAAAAUCUAGGUUGAUUAUUGCUUAGUUCUUGGAUUUGGAUUUUUGGAUAUUCCGAAUCUUUCUUUUCACUCGUCCCUUGUAUUUUCGUCCUCCAUUUUUAAUUUUCUUCUUCUUUAUCCUCAGAUUUUUCGUCACCUCCUACCGAUCCCAUAGGAAAAAGAUUCAAUUUUUUUUGUAUUAGUAGUAUUUUUCUUUAUGCGGAUUCUCGAUUUGCAUGUGUAAUUGGAUAGUUGAUGCGAUCGAUGAAACGGGCAGAGGUGGAGGCUAAGUGGGCAGACAAAAUUAGAAGUCUGGUUUGAUUUGGGUUUUUUCGUAAAUUGGAAUUAGGGUUAAGUUUCAUAUAUAGAAAGUUAAAAUUUUUAGCUAUGUGGGUGGGAAUGUGAGUGAUUAAAGAGGGAAUUCGUUAUGUUAUUGUCAAGGAAACAAGGCAAAAGUUUGCGAAUCUUCUUUUCCUUGGGCCAUUUGCACUCUUUUCAAUCUCAAUUUAAACAAACCCAUUGCCAUUAUCGCAAUCGCAAUCAGCGGAGCUUCAUCAGAGACAUGGCUGCCGCGGCUGCAGCUAAUGGAAUCCGAAGCGACCUUUUCUUCUGCAAGGCCUUUCAUGUCCGACAAGUCCCUUCUGAUUCUGAGUUUUUUUGGAAGCUCUCAGUUUCUACACAAUCUUGUAGAACGUCGGCGAUGAACAGAGCUGGCUGUGGCUGCGGCGGUGGCGACGUCGGAUACAGUUUUAUUCUCAGAGGCUGCUUUGAUUCUCAACCUCAUGAUCAGCUGGGACGUCGUCGUUCAUUCCACAGUAAAAGUAAAACCAAUAAUAGCAGCAGUCUUCGUAGCAACGAAUUUGAGUGUCAUAAAGCGCAAUUAAUCCGUGGUUUGGAGCUGGAGGGACUCGCCGUCGCCGAUGCAAGCAAAUUGCGACCAACUGAUCUCGAGAAAGCUUACCAACGAGGUAACCCACUUGGGUUCCCUCACCAUCCUUUGCCCCAAGAUAAAAUCGUUGUUGCUGUUGACGUCGAUGAAGUUUUAGGAAACUUUGUGUCCGCCCUGAACCGGUUUAUCGCAGAUCGUUACUCUUCAAAUCAUUCUGUUCAAGAGUAUCAUGUAUAUGAGUUCUUCAAGAUAUGGAACUGUUCUCGUGAUGAAGCUGCUUUUCGCGUUCACGAGUUCUUCAAGACAUCAUAUUUCAAAACUGGGAUCCAUCCUAUCCCAGGUUCUCAGAAGGCUCUUCAUAAGCUAUCAAGAUUUUGUAGCCUCUCCGUCGUAACGUCUAGGCAGAAUGCUAUCAAGGACCACACAAUAGAGUGGAUUGAGGAACAUUACCCAGGCUUAUUUCAGGAGAUUCACUUUGGCAACCACUUUGCUCUAAAUGGAGAGGCGAAGCCUAAGUCAGAAAUAUGCAGGUCUUUAGGAGCAAAGGUUCUGAUUGAUGAUAACCCUAGAUAUGCCAUGGAAUGUGCUGAAGUUGGAAUCAGAGUUCUCCUUUUUGAUUAUGAGAACUCAUAUCCUUGGUGCAAGGCUGGCUCCAUCGAUGAACAUCCUCUUGUGACUAGAGUUCAUAACUGGGAAGAAGUGGAGCAACAGCUAAUUACAUUGGCCUUCCAUUAAUUCUAUAAACUGCUUGUAAAAGAUACAAAAGAUGAGACAAAUACCCUUUGUUUUAAAAUUAUGUUUGACCGAUUUAUGUCCCAAGAGCAUCCAAAUGGAUGGGUUAGAAUGUGGGAUUGUACCGUCAAUUGGCGAUGCGGCUUUAAGGAAACUAGCCAAAAAGGAUUUUACCUGAGCUAUGAUAAGGAUAUCUUGUAAUUAUUCUUGUAGUUGCAUUUGCAGGUUAAGUUCAUUAUAUUUUUAAUGAAUUUAAUUUUGUGGAGUAGAGAAAAAAACUAUCAACAUGUUAUGUCGAUAUUUAUUUUGAUUAUAUGGAAAAAAUACCGAUUUCGUCCA